ACAUCAAAGCAAAAGACAAAUUCAGCUGAGCAGAGCAACCAAGACUACUAAAAUUAGAAUUUGUUGAAGGCCGAAAUUGGAUUUGAAAUUUUGUGCAAACGCACCCCAGCUUUUUUUGACAGCAAAAACACCCCAGCUAGUGCUGAACGUAAAGAAAUCUUGCGAGUUUACGGCCGCGGUCUCUUCCUCUCCCAGAGGUGGCGGAGCGCAUGGCCACCGGCGGGGGGUCGUCUGUGGCCGGGGCGGGGGUGGCAGCGGAGGCGGAGAUGAAGCUGGAGUGCUUCGAUUUCGCGUUCAACUCGGAGAGGUUCUCCGACAGGCUGCUGCGGAUAGAGGUCCUCGCCGGUGAUGACGGCACUGAAGGGUCCCUCCCCGCCCGCGCGCGCCACCGCAAGGAAGGUGAUAAAAGACAGCGUAUUGACUCUCCCACAACCAUGGUAGGUACACCAGUUUUACGAGUAAAGACCCUUCAUAUCAAUUCAGCGAUUCUUGCUGCAAGAAGUGCUUUCUUCCUAAAGUGCCGUCAAUUGCUCACAAGCUUGAUGACCACAAAAUCUGCACUCCUCUGCCUAGACCAUCGAUGCUCCAUUUCUGUGACACCUGAAGUUCAGCAUGUGACCAGUGCAGCCAAGCAAUUCCUUGCAAAGAAAUACAGGGAUUUUGAAAAGUCCGAAAUUAAAGUGAAGGAGUUUCCUCUUGCUGGGAUCAAAGCCAUCUUUUCAAGCAGUGACCUACGGGUAUCAUUUGAAGAUAACAUAUAUUUCUUCUUGCGCAAGUGGGCCUUUACACGAUACCGAAAAUCAGAUGAGAGACGCAAGAUCUUGAGUUCUCGUUUACUUCCGCUUGUGCGCUUUAGUCAUAUGACUGGUUCGGCACUGCAAAAGAUCCUGACAUGCACUGUUACUAACACAGACCAUGAUCUAGCAACUAAGUUUGUUAGUGAGGUACUUCUACACAAAGGUUACCCAGCACAGCUUCAAGGUUCUCAAGCAGCUGACGCAACGCAGAGCGAGCUUACUUUCACAAACCUAUGAAAGUAGUUGCGUUUGAUCAACCCUGCCGACAGGUUAUAGUUUACUGGGACCUAACACGCAAUGAUUGUUCCCGAUUCUUCCCAGCAGGAGGGAUGAUA